GAAACGCCAGCCGUUGCCGUGCUUUUCUCCUCUUGCUCCCGAUCGCUCGUUAUAUUAAUGAGAGCUUGGAAUCGGCCAUUAAUCCAUCCACGGUCGCCUGGGAAUCUUCUUCGCCUCGGCUGUCGGAAGAUCUCGUCGCCCGUUUAAUCGGGAGAAAAGUAAUAGACACAGAAUUAAGAAUGAGUUCCUCUACUGAAGGAGCACCUAUUAUAAAUAAGGGAAGGUAUUUGGCAAUUUUAGUCUGCUGGCUACUAGGAAAUGGAUGUCUUUUCUCAUGGAACAGUAUGCUGACAAUUCAAGAUUACUAUAGUUACCUUUUUCCGGACUACCACCCAACUAGAAUACUUACUCUUGUUUACCAACCUUUUGCCCUGGGAACAAUUGCUAUUCUUGCAUAUCAUGAAGCAAAGAUUAACACCAGAAAUCGCAACAUAGCUGGAUACACUCUCUUUUUCUUGAGUUCAUUAGCUCUAAUUGUGUUGGAUGUUGCAACUUCUGGAAAAGGUGGCAUUGGAGAAUUUAUAGGUGUAUGUGCUGUAAGUGGGGCAUUUGGAAUUGCUGAUGCACAUGUGCAAGGGGGGAUGGUUGGUGAUCUUUCUUUAAUGAGCCCAGAGCUUAUACAAUCCUUCUUGGCUGGGCUAGCAGCUUCAGGGGCUCUAACAUCUGCUUUGAGGUUAAUCACAAAAGCAGCUUUUGAGAACUCCCAAAAUGGUUUUCGGAAGGGAGCAAUGAUGUUCUUCUCAAUUUCAUGUUUCUUUGAGCUUGUGUGUGUUCUUCUUUAUGCAUUCGUCUUCCCCAAACUGCCGAUCGUGAAGUACUACCGUGAAAAGGCUGCCUCUGAAGGCUCAAUGACAGUUUCUGCUGACCUUGCUGCUGGUGGAAUGCAGAAACACCAAGUCCAAGAGGUUGAGGAUCCAAAUCUUAAAGAACGUUUGAGCAACAAACAGUUACUCUUAGAGAAUGUUGACUAUGCAAUCGACUUAUUUCUUAUCUAUGUUUUGACAUUGUCAAUAUUCCCUGGAUUCUUGGCAGAGGACACAGGCUCCCACAGCUUGGGUUCAUGGUAUGCACUUGUGCUGAUCGCCAUGUAUAAUGUUUGGGAUCUCAUCGGAAGAUACAUUCCUCUUCUGAAGCCAUUGGAGCUAUCAUCUAGGAAAGGUCUUAUGGCUGCAAUUCUUUUGCGAUUCCUACUCAUUCCAGCCUUCUACUUCACCUCCAAGUACGGGGACCAAGGAUGGAUGAUCAUGUUGACCUCAUUCUUAGGACUAAGCAAUGGUUACCUUACAGUCUGUGUUCUUACUGCCGCACCAAAAGGAUACAAGGGACCAGAGCAGAAUGCUUUGGGAAACUUGCUUGUAGUAUUUCUUCUCGCCGGUAUUUUUGCUGGGGUUACGCUUGAUUGGUUAUGGCUGAUUGGCAAAGGUUGGUAAUAAUGCUUCUAUUCUUCAUUUCCAAGUUUAGGAGACUACUCUGGUGCCAGUUUAAGCUGUAUAGUUCGUGCUGUUUAAUAAGAUGUAGUAAGAAUGUUAUUAGUUUGAUGGUUUGCGACUCGAGGAGUCGCAGGACGAUUAUCAUUUUUUAACACAGUCGAAUGUUUUGAUUAAAAUCGAAGCAGUCCAAUGACUCAUAUUUGGCUAGUUUUGAUCAAUAUUGUUAUAACAAUAUUAAAACAGUUUGGCCAAAGUUGAAUAUUUUUAAUUAACACUGUUUCACAUUGUAUAA